ACCCAAACGGCGUUGAAACGGUCAGUCAGUCAGCCAGUACAGUAGAGCAAUUUGAGCCGCCGCACCGAGCUAACCGCUUACCGCUUGCCGGACAAACGCGUUCCGUUUUCCCUCCGCUUCCAUUCGCUUUUGGCCCACUGCCGCCGUCGGUUGUCCAAAUGUCCGCGUUGGGAUAGUGAAACCCUUUGCAAUUUCCGGGGGGGUCAUAGUAAAGUUAACACUUAAGUAGUCCUUUGGGCCAAACCGAUCCCAGCCAUCCAUUUACCGGGGUCUCAAUUCGGGGAUCGUUUCCAUCGGUGUUGCGUUGUCGUUUUCUCGGUUUCUCGCGAUUUUCCCCACAUUCCGUGUGCUGUGUGCUGUGCGAGGUGUUCUUGGUAUUAAUAAAUGGUUAAAACCGAAACGUUGCCAAAAAUCCACUGAAUGAGCAAGAAAAUUAUAUAAGGCCCGAACCGGAUUUAUUAAUUAAUUAUACAUACGAAUGUGACCAAAACAAAAACACAGACUGACAACAAAACUCGGCUUUCGGAUAUACAUAUGUACCAAAACAGCAACUCAAAUACAAACCGAUCCCCAAACCGAUAUAUAAAUGAACGCGCGCCCAUCAAUUUAAUUUAAUCAAAAGCAGUUACUCAAAUUCAAUGAACAAAUAAAUUUGCGCAGUCCAACGAGCCAAUAAACGGAUCAAUAAACCGAAAUACAAUACACGAUUUCCACUCACAUCUGGCAACGCUGUCCGUUGGCAGCUUGUAACGGUUAUUCACGACAAUUUACUCACGCCCCGAACGAGUGCAGCGAAUCCAGCGAGUGCGAGCGAGAGGGCUAGCGAGCAGGCAUGGGAAACUCCUCGUCACACACGCACGAACCACUCGAGCGCGGCUUCACACGCGGAAAAUUCGGUGAUGUUAAAAAUGGGAAAUCCGCUUCCUUCCGGUUUAGCAAGAAAUCGCCGAAGAAAAUGGAUCGUCUGCGUCGCUCCUUUCGCGACUCCUUCAGGCGUCGCAAGGAUCGCGUUCCCGAGUCCUCGAAGCCGCACCAGUGGCAGGCGGACGAGGAGGCCGUGCGAUCGGCCACCUGCUCCUUCUCGGUCAAGUAUCUGGGAUGUGUGGAGGUCUUCGAAUCGCGUGGCAUGCAGGUCUGCGAGGAGGCACUCAAGGUCUUGAGGCAAUCCCGUCGUCGUCCUGUCCGCGGAUUGCUUCAUGUGAGCGGAGACGGCCUGCGAGUGGUGGAUGACGAGACCAAGGGCCUGAUAGUGGACCAGACCAUCGAAAAGGUCAGCUUCUGUGCACCGGACCGCAAUCACGAACGCGGCUUCAGCUACAUAUGCCGGGAUGGAACCACACGACGCUGGAUGUGCCACGGCUUCCUGGCCUGCAAGGACUCCGGCGAGCGAUUGUCCCAUGCCGUGGGCUGUGCCUUUGCCGUUUGUCUGGAGCGAAAGCAGCGACGCGACAAGGAGUGCGGCGUGACGAUGACCUUCGACACGAAGAACUCGACCUUCACGCGGACCGGAUCGUUCCGCCAGCAGACGCUGACGGAGCGGCUGGCGAUGGCCACAGUGGGCACAAAUGAGCGGAGCGUAGAUGGGCCGGGUUCAGCAAUGCCGGGUCCUCCGGCAGCCACCGUCAAGCCUUUCAAUCCCUUCGCCAUCGAACGGCCCCAUGCCACGCCCAACAUGCUGGAGCGCCAGAGCUCGUUCCGUUUGAGCACGAUUGGCAGCCAGUCGCCGUUCAAGCGCCAGAUGUCACUGCGCAUCAACGAUCUUCCGUCCAACGCCGAUCGUCAGCGGGCUUUCCUGGCCGCCGCCGCUGGCAAUCCACUACAGACGCCUAUGCGAAGUGUUUCGCCCAUUGCCGAGGUCUCGCCGGCCAAAUCUGCUGGAGCGGAUCCGUCGACAGCUGCCGCUGUGGCCGCCGAUUCAGUGAGCCAACUGUGUCAGGAGCUCAGCCAAGGUCUCUCACUCUUGACCCAGACCGACGCCCUAUUGGCCGCCGGCGAGGAUCUAAACUUCAACAACAAUCGCAGCAUUAAUCAGAACAUCAUUGCCGCCGAGAAGCAGGUGCAGCAUGUAACCUCAUAUGCCCCGCCAACGGCACAGGUGACGCCACGAGUGGCCAGCACCACGCCCACAUAUCAAACGCUCCAUUCGCAGUCGCCCACGCGAUCGGAGCAGAGCAUCGAAGCCUCGACGGAACUGCCCAAUGCCGAGCAGUGGCUGGGUCAUGUGGUGCGCAGCACGUCUCCGGCUGCCCCGAAGCGGCCCACUUAUCUGGCCAAUGUUGGCCGAGCUCAGACACUGGCCAGUGGCACUGGUGCUGCAGUUGGUGGCGGUGGCGGUGGCGGUGGCCCAGACGAUCCAUUCGACGCCGAGUGGGUGGCCAAUGUGGCAGCGGCCAAGCAACUGUCGCCUGAUUUUACGAUCCCGAGCACUGCGCGCUCGCCUCUGGCCAGGCACAGCACCAAUCCGUUUAUCUCACCGCCCAAGGCGCCGGCGCAGUCAUUCCAGGUGCAGCUCUAGGCAGCGAAUCCGGGGUCACCAGGGGGACAAAGUGUGGUUCGCUUGAAAAAAACGUAACUUAGUUUAAAGUUCAGGGGCAGGAAAGUCGAACAAAGAUGGAUGGAUGAAUAGAUGGAUGG